AUGCCUCUAAAAACAUUGAAUUCGUCGUGGGAUGGAGGGAGGAAUGAGACUGAAUUGUGGGGGGUAACUUCAAUGGACCUGGACGUGUUCUACAACCCUGAUGUGGUGAUAAUAGUGUUGUAUGUGGUAGUGCUGACCGCCUCGCUGUCUGCUAAUACGCUGCUCAUCUUCAUCGUGAUCAAAUUCCAAUAUAUGAGAAGUGUCACAAAUAUAUUCCUGGUCAACUUAUCAGUGGCCGACCUGCUGGUAACUCUGUUCUGCAUGCCAGUACAGAUCGCGAAGUCCGUGACACUUCUAUGGUACUUCGGGGAGGUCAUGUGCAAGACCGUUAACUUUCUACAAGGUGUCGCAGUAGCAUCAAGCGUGUUCACCAUUACAGCGAUGUCAGUGGAUCGUUAUUUAGCCAUCACGCAGUCACUUCGCCAGCCAUGGAUGCCAUCACGACGUGGCGCUUGCAGUCUUCUGGCCGCAUUGUGGCUUGUAUCUUUGGCUAUAUUUGCGCCAUUACUGGCUGUGGCAGCAGUUGAGACAGUCAUGGUACCUAUGCUGUCUAGGACCAAGAAUGGAUCGGUGUGGAUUGAGAGCAGUAUCGAGUUCUGUACAGAGAAGUGGCCAGACUCGAUAAGAAAAGAACUGUUUGGUGCGUUCAGCUUCAUACUUGUCUAUGCGGUGCCUGGUUGUAUCGUAGUGGUGUCGUAUUCACUAAUGGGCAGACGUUUAUGCUCAGUAUUGCCUCCUUUCGACCAGACUGAAGGCAGCGCAAACAGUCAACAGCGAUUACGACUCGUCCGGGAGAGGAAGCGAGUGGCAUGGAUUCUUCUGUUGCUUGCUGUAUUAUUCGCACUAUGCUGGUUACCCUACAACAUCCUGCAGCUUCUUAUUGAUGUCAACGCCUUGCAAGCUGACUCCGUGGCGUUGGUGUUGCCAUACACAUUGUUAUUAGGUCACACGAACUCAGCUAUUAACCCGAUAGUCUACUGUUUGAUGACGCGCAACUUCAGACGAUCGCUUCGCAAGCUACUCUGUCACGACCCUGGUAACAUUAACUCUAGUACCCAUUUCCAUGUAAGUUAUACGAUGCAAGGCUUACGUCAAAAAUCCAACACGUCUAGUCUUCGAACGUGCACUACUGUGACCUUUAGGAGCAGUAACCAGAGUCGGCCAUCUUGCACACAGAGCAUCCAAUACGGAAGAGUGAAUAGAAGCUCCUUGAGAGACGCAACUUGGAAAGACAGAGGGAAAGCUCAGUUUUUGUAA